AUGGAGUUGGAAAUAAUCUCAGAGACAUGCAUCAAACCUUCUUCCCCAACUCCUCCCAAUCUCAAAACCUACCGCUUCAGCAGCAUCGACCAGCGCGCACCUUCCUCCUACAUGCCCACCAUCCUGUUCUUCAACCCUCCUCCCACCCUCGACAAAAUCUCCUCGUCGCUAAAAAGGUCCCUCUCCGAAACCCUAACCCGGUUCUACCCACUAGCCGGUCGGACCGACCCGGAGGGGGGGGAAAACCUCUCCAUCGACUGCACCGACGACGGCGUCCGCUACGUCGAGGCUAGAGUCAACGACCCUUCCUUCACCCUCGCCCACUACCUCGACCACCGCGUGGUCAACGACGGCGGCCUCGCGGUCAUGACGAAGCUGCUCCCUCUAAACGACGCCGUCCGGAUGUUCCGCCCUCCGCCUCCCGGGUCCCACAUCGCGCACAUUCAGGUCACUUUCUUCCCCUGCGGCGGCCUCUCCAUCGGUUCCGUGUUCUCGCAUAAGAUCGUGGACGCGCCUACCUUGAGCUCCUUCUUCCGGCUCUGGUCCGCCGCCGCCGUCGCCGGCGGCGGCGGUGGUGGUGGUGAUCUCGUGGCGAGAGAUGACUCGCUGUUCUGUGCCGGAUCGGUGUUCCCUCAGAAUGACGCGUUCGUUGCAAGGGCGCCGCGGGUUCCGAAGCCGGCGAUGCUCGCUCGGGCGCAGUCGGUGCCGGCUGCGACCAGAAGGUUUGUGUUCAAUGCAUCUGCAAUCGCGAGGCUGAAGGAGGAAUGCAAACCAAUCGGAGUCGCUGACUACACAGUCAGUCGAGUCCAAGCGGUCACGGCCUUGCUCUGCGGGUCCAUACUUCGGGCCUUCAGGGCAAGGUCGGACAAUUCCGGCACGACACUGUUCGUGCAGCCGGUUAAUCUUCGGACAAGGGCCGACCCGCCCUUGCCCACCAACUCAUUUGGCAAUCUGACGAUGUCGGUCGCCUUUCGUCGUCUCCACAACGAAGGAGGAGGAGACGAAGGCACCGGCUUGAGUUCGCUGGUGAAGUCGAUGAAGGAGUCGGUGUCGCGAAUCGACGGGGAACUGAUAAGGAGGAUCCGAGGCGAGGAAGGGAAGGACGAGUUCACAAAGGUGGCGGAAGAGGCGGAGGACGAAGCAGAGGACGCGGAGAGACAUGUGAUGGUCAACAGUUUCAGCCGGUUGGGUUACUACGAGAUCGAUUUCGGGUGGGGGAGGCCCGUGUGGAUGGCUCUCCCCUGUAGGGAGGAGUCGGGCCCCGCGGUGGUGAAUCUGGUGCUGGUGAACGAUACGAGGAGGAGCGGAGAAGGUCUGGAAGCCUGGGUUUUGCUGGGAGCAGAUGACAUGGCGGUUCUGGAGAGCGACGAGGAGCUUCUCUCGUUCGUUUCUUCGAUUGAUCCCAGCCCUCUCGAUUAA